AUGGCUGAAGAUCUUUUACGACCACCUAGGAGGGGAGAGACUUCAGAAGAAGUUGGUUGCGAGUAUUUUGAUGACUUGGCUUCAAGACUAUUUUUCAAGCAGGUCCAAUAUAGGGAGAAGUAUUUUGUGAUGCAUGAUCUCAUGCAUGACUUGGCAACUUUUCUUGCUGGAGAUCUUUAUUGUAAAUUCUCCGAAGAACUUGGUGAAAGAGAAGAAAUGAGUAUUCUAACUCAUCAUUUGUCAUACGAUCACUCAAUCCCUGAAAAAAUAUGCUCCUCUAGUAAAAUAGAAUCUUUGAGGACAUUGAUGUAUAUCAAACAUGGAGCUUAUACUCGGAAAGCACCCGCAACAUUACCAGGUGACAUAUUGUCAAAGAAUAAAUACUUGAGAGUUUUGUCCUUUGAUAGACUCAAUGUACUUCCUGAUUCAAUAGAUAAAUUGAUUCAAUUGCGUUAUUUGGGUCUUUCUGGGAGUGGUAUUAAGGUUUUGCCCGAGUCAUUAUGUAACUUGUGCAAUCUACAAACUUUAAAGUUAGCAGGUUGUUCUUCUCUAACUAUGUUGCCUAGUAGCCUAGGUGAAUUGAUCAACCUACGCUAUUUGGAUCUUUCUAGAAGUGCUGUUGAGACAUUGCCUGAGUCAUUAUGCAACAUGUGCAAUCUACAAACUUUAAAGUUAGCACGUUGUUCUUCUCUAACUAUGUUGCCUAGUAGCCUAGGUGAAUUGAUCAACCUACACUAUUUGGAUCUUUCUAGAAGUGCUGUUGAGACAUUGCCUGAGUCGUUAUGUAGUAUGUGUAAUUUACAAGCAUUAAAUCUAGAAGAUUGUUUGAAGCUGACUAUGCUGCCCAAUGACAUGUAUAAGCUUGUGAAUUUGCGGCAUCUUCAUAUAAGGGGUACCCCUCUGAAAGAAAUGCCAAAAGGAAUGGGCAAAUUAAAUCAGUUGCACAUUUUAAGCAAGUUUGUGGUGGGAAAGCAAGAAGACAAUGGAAUCCAAGAGUUAGCAGCGCUUUUAAAUCUUCAUGGAUCACUUGAGAUUCAGAAAUUGGAGAAUGUGGUUGAUGCCAAUCAGGCAAGGAAUGCAAGGAUAAUAGAUAAGAAGCACAUUGAGUACUUAUUGUUGAGAUGGUCUUCAGGUGAUGAUAUGGUUUCAAACACACAUACUGAUGAACAAGAUAUACUUGGGGACUUGCAACCACACACUGGCUUGAAAGUGUUGAGAAUCAAGGGAUACAAAGGUAAAAUAUUUCCAGAGUGGAUUGGGCAUUCCUUGUACCAAAACAUGACAAGUGUAACUCUAGAAUAUUGCUGGAAUUGCUGCGUGCUGCCUUCACUUGGACAGCUGCCUUCUCUUCGGUCCCUCCGCAUUGAAAGUUUUAGUCAGCUGAAGAGUGUUGGUAUGGAGUUUUACCAGAAUGAAGGCGAUCAACAUUAUUCGCCUAUUGCACCGUUUUCCUCACUGGAGGAAUUGAUAUUUAAUAAUAUGCCAAGUUGGGAGGAGUGGCACUUACCUGACUCAGAAGCCUUUCCUCAGCUUAAGAGCCUUCAAAUAAGAGAGUGUCCAAUGUUAAAGGAAGAUAUGGUUAAUCAGGUAUUAAUGAGAAUCGUUUCUUCCUCAUCGGAUGUUUCCAAAGUGCGCCAACUGGAAAUACGAGAACAUCGUCCACGAUGGGCUAAAGAGAUGAGACUUGAUGGGGAUAGGUUAUCAAUUAGUGGAUUUAAAUGUGUGGUGGAGUAUGCAUUUAAGGCAAGGAUCAUCCACCAUCUAACUUCCCUCCAAGAAAUAAAAUUCUCAGGGUGUUCGUCUGUUGUAUCCUUGGGGGGCAAUUGUUUACCCAAAUCUUUGCAAAAGCUCAACCUAUUUGAAUGCAGCCAAAUUAAAUUACUCCAGCAACAACACAAGUAUGAUUUGGUAGAUCUACAUAUAGAAUUCAGUUGUGAUUCACUGACCUCAUUGUCGUUGGAUGCCUUUCCCAAACUCGAGAAUCUGGAGAUAUUCAGGUGUUCAAAUCUGGAAUCAGUUUCAAUGUCAGAGCCACCACACGCUGCUCUUCAACGUCUCUCCAUCUCUAACUGCCUCAAAUUUGUGUCAUUUCCAGAAGCAGGACUGGCUGCACCCAACUUGACUCAUCUCAGCGUCAUAAACUGCCUCAAGUUGGAGGCAUUGCCACCUGACAUGAAUAGUCUUCUCCCAAAUUUACAGUCUCUGGAGUUACUAGGUUGCCCAAACAUUUGCAGGUCGCCACAGGGUGGUUUGCCACCUAACCUGAAACGGCUUGGUGUAGGAAAAUGCGAGGAACAACUGAGGGGUCUAUCAUGGAGGGGCAACUUGGACAACCUCACUCAUCUCACCAUUUAUGGUGAUGGCAGUGAGAGCAGAAUAAAGUCAUACCCAGAGGUGGGUUUGCUGCCUCGCCUUCCCUCCCUUACCAAUCUUGAGAUAUGGGGGUUCAUGAAUCUGGAGACAUUGGAGUGCAACGAGCUUCUCCGCCUCACCUCCCUCCAACAACUACACAUUUCAUACUGUAAGAAGCUGAAGAAUAUGGAAGGAGCAAAGCUGCCUCCCUCUCUCUUACUCCUCGAAAUUGACGACUGUGGUUUGCUGGGCAAACACUGCAAGAACAAGCAUCAACAAAUUUGGUCCAAAAUUUCCCACAUCCCCACCAUUCAAGUCGAUGACGACCAAAUUUUCUGAGCAGGUAGCUUGUGCACAUAUCGUGAUGUAAUCCUAUACAUUGGCUAUACAUCUUCAUCUAAUUCUAAGUUCAUUUAUGGUGGUAAUUAAGCUGGAUUCAUGUAUUGGGAAACAGAAACUCUGUGUUUUCUGAUUUUGGCUUCAAGUUAUUGAAAAGCAAAGACAUGAUGGAGAAAGUUGGUGGCACUCAUUAUUGAAAACCUUUCGUUGUUGUUGGAAGUACACCUGAGGUUUGGUAACCAUAUCUAAAUUAUCUUCAUUCAGUCCGAAGUUCAUCCUUACAAUUUUAGCUUCAGUCAUUACAAAUCUGCGGUUGGGGAGUGGUUCAAUCUUGGAUUGUGCUAAAAUUUUGAUAGCAAGUUUUGGAUAUACAUUUUCAUUCUUAAUCGUUAGAUGGUUAAGAUAAGAUUUGGAGGGUGAGAUAUGGCUUGCGCGUGCAAAGUAGCUCUGGUUUUGUAAAUUUUUCAUAUUUUUGGUUCACAUUUAUAUGCAUUGAUGCUUGGUUGUUUUGACUUGAUGUAAGCAUUUGAUUUGUGCACUUAUUUGAGAUUCUCUUGUAUCCCUACUUAAUUAUAGUGGUACUUCUUUUUUGGUCCGAAUGACCUGUGGUUUUUACCUCUCACAUUGAGAGGGUUUUCCACGUUA